GCCAAGCGUCUGUUGACAAUGAUCAAAAAUGUUCCAGAUGUCUUCGUUUUUGUUGACAUUUCACCUUAUUUGAAGAGUUUUCUCACGAUGUUAAGUAUCUAUUUGCGUAUUGAAGAAAUCUGACAGGAAAAAGAUGACUGCGCCGUUAUUGGUUGGUGCUAUCUUUGUGGUUAUCUUCAUUAUGAUGCAAAUGUACAAACGCUAUCGCCGCAUGCACUAUGACGUUCUUGUCUGGGAUGUGACCAAAGGCCACAGGUGGUCAAUGAUGGACGUGUUCACUGAACCUACCUUUUGCAAUGUUGGAAACUUUUCGAUCAAACACGGAGCUAAAUGUAGCUCAUGCGGCAUUUGUGUUGAUGACAGUAACAUGCGUGAGGCGAACAAAAGAAUGCCAUGCAAACCAUUAUCAAUUAAAGGUGAAGGGACACAACAUCAGUGGAUCAAAGGGAAUCUUCAAGGAUGCAGUCUGUGUUGCAUCUGCGGGACAGAAUGCGGCAGACUGCCUCAAAUUUGUGAUAGAAAAUGUGUUUGGUGCAAAAGGGUUGUUCAUGAUGACUGUAAUAGUAAUGGCAAAUUCUGUGAUUUUGGCAUUUACAGACCUGUAAUAAUGCCACCACAUUGUGUAGAAUUAAAGCGAGUGGGAAUUAAAGGUAGAAGACAUUUGAUUGUAUCUAAAGCUCGUUCUCCAAACUUUGAGAACUGGAAACCACUGAUUGUUCUUGGAAAUAGAAAAAGUGGCAAUAUGGAAGGCGAGGUUGUGCUCAGUGAGUUUAGAGACCUUCUCAAUCCAGCACAGGUUGUAGAUCUGCAUGACAUGCAGCCAGAAAAUGCCCUAGAGUGGUGCCACCUACUGCCUGAUACUGUGUUCAGACUUAUCGUGUGUGGAGGGGACGGCACAGUUGGCUGGGUACUCAAUGCAAUAGAAAAUCUUAAACUACAGACCCUCCCAGAGAUAGGUAUCUUACCGCUGGGAACCGGUAAUGACCUUGCUAGAGUGUUGGGCUGGGGUGAGGGGCACAACACAGAUGAUGGCAUUGAUCAUAUUGUCCAGGACGUUAUCACAGCUAAACCAGUCUACCUCGAUAGAUGGAAAAUCAAUAUUAACCACAAGAAGCAUUUGGGGAUAGCCAGACCGAAAAAGGAGAUGAUCAUGAACAACUAUGUGUCCAUUGGUGUGGAUGCUCUAGUCACCCUCAACUUCCACAAGUCAAGAAAAUCCUGGCCAUGGCUGUUUGCCAACAGGCUAAUUAACAAGGCAUGUUACCUGACUUAUGGCACAAAAGAUGUGUUGGAGAGAGAGUGUAAAAAUCUCAAUGAAAAAGUCAAGGUUGAGUUGGAUGGUGAAGAAAUUAAGCUAGAUAACAUAGAAGGUCUCGUUGUUUUGAACAUUGCCAGUUGGGGAGGCGGAUGUCGGCCAUGGGAAUUGUCGGAUAGUAAAGAUGACUACAAUCCAGCAAGGUACGACGAUGGUCUGCUAGAAGUGAUGGCUCUCUACUCAUCAUUCCAUAUCGCACAAAUCCAAGUGGGGCUUGCCGCUCCAAUACUCCUAGGCCAGGCACGACAUGUGAAGAUCACAUUGAAGGACAGCAAUGCCCCGAUGCAAUGUGACGGAGAACCAUGGGAACAACAUCCGGCAGAGAUUAACAUCAACUUCCACAGAAGAGCCACCAUGCUCUCACCAGCACUCACUGAGACGGAUUAACUUCAGGCUAACUUUAACCAGAAAGUGAGACAGGCUAACUUCAACCAGAAAGUAAGACAGGCUAACUUCAACUGGAAAGUGAGACAGGCUAACUUCAACCAGAAAGGAAGACAGGCUAACUUCAACCAGAAAGUGAGACAGGCUGACUUCAACCAGAAAGUGAAACAGGCUUACUUCAACCAGAAAGUUGAGACAGGCUUACUUCAACCAGAAAUUAUGACUGAAUAACUUCACCCAAGAAUAUAAGAUGGACUAAUUUAUAUCAUACUAUAUGUUAAUUGCAACUUGAUUGUGGUGAAAGUCUAAUAAGUCUUUGACAAAUAUCACCUAUCACAAGUGAAUUUUAACCUGAAUUUUCAACUUAAACUACUUUUUGUCAAAGUUACUAAAUCUUUUAUUUAAAUCAUCUACAGGUAUCACACAAGGAAUGAAGCUAUGAUAAAUUCAACUUUGACACAAGGGCCACCAUGCUUAUUCUAUUGCAUACAAAGACUGGCUAGGUUCAACUAGUCUGUAUGAUAAUUCAACUAGAUUAGGGAUUUAUUAAGCCAAUUAAACUUUCAACAAAAUCAUCUAUCACAGGACAAACCUUUCCUAAAGAAAUCAGGCAGUGUUCUGAAAUAAGAACCAGCUGCUGGCCAAAAUAGAUGGUUCAAAUGGCAAUUGGGCAAGAUCACAUUUGGAAAAGUAAUUGAAUUUUAAGUAGAACAAGCAGUAGCUGGUCGGUUACCUCACUUUUUUAGACAGUUUAACUGUAACUUAUUGAGAACCCUGUCCAUGUAUCACAGAAGUUCAACCAUUUGGAAAAAAACAGUGAAUUACAUGUACACCAAUCAAAAAUGUUUUAUUUUAUUGAGUUUUACAAACGUUUGUUGAUUAUGAUCAAAAGAUUAUUGAAUAUUGUUGAAGAUUGAGUGUUUCCAUCUGAAGUCAGUGAUAUCAAAUGAUAUUUAAAAUGUAUUAUUACUAACAAUAACAAUUAUACUUUUCUAAUGGAAUUUACAUAUUAAUAUUCGGAAUGGACAUUUUAUUACGUUAUUUAGCCCAAACCAUAUAUUAUAUUCAGCUUCCUAGGAAGUUUGGGGCAAGAUUUUAACUACCAGUGAGCCGAAUUAUCUAAUAUGUCAAUAAUAUAAAACACGUAGAUACUAAUGUUAAACAUCUCUUUCCAUUUUAGCUGGUAUCAAUUUUUAACAAUCAAUCUAAAAUGUCUGUCCAAUGAACUAUUACGGGUUUUGUUAGAUUUUUAAUCUUGAACUAUCCGACAGACUCAAAAUUGGAGAGAUUUUUUUUUACAGCUCAUACUUGCUUGUCUUCAUCGAAUUGUAUUAUUGUAUUUUAAUAGUAUAUUUAUUGUUACAACCACAUGUAUUGAAUUCCACUCAAAUUAUAGCAUUGCAAUGUAGUUGUUUAUGAACUAUGAAUGUUUAUGAUGUUGUUUUAUUGUCACCUUUUUUAUGUGCAAUCCCAUUAAAAUCAUCUUAAAUGUACACUCUGUGAUCGUAGAUUCUUAGGAUUAUCUUGGGAUCACACAGUGGAGGCCAUCUUCUGGCGACCUUUCUGUCAGCACAUCCAAGGCUUCCUUAUUUAAUUUUAUCAGUCAGCAAAAAAGUUUAUCCAAUAGGCAGCUGGGAUUCCAAAAUUGAAACAGAGAUAUAAUAUUGAAAGUUAAAGCAAACUUUUCAACAUAUUUUUUGUAAUCCAUUAGCUCAUUAAGGGCCGGGGGUCGACAGGGAAUAGCGGGGGAAAUGGGCAGUGUUUUUACCUUCCAGGUGGCCCCCGCAGUGCUGAGUGAAAGUAGUGGUUUUGUUUUCACACUGAAAAUAGUGGAGAAUGGGCUUUAUGCUUUGAAAUUAUGUUCUUUUAAUGGGAUUUGUUGGCGUUUUAGUCAAGCUUUUUCCAGAGUUUAACAAGAACAAAAGGUAUGUUUUAAAUAUGUACAUCAUAAUAGGCCUUACCCAGGAAGUCCCAGGGGUGCAGUUUGCCCCUUCAGGGUGGGGAUUUUACCUAUGUUUGGCUUGACUGAAAGUCAAAGUCCUCGCUAUUCCCGGGACCUGGAGGGGAGGGGGGCGUGGUUACAAUUGACUGGUUCAUUAAAACAUACUGCACAUAUAUAAUCGUAAGGCACAUUGCUAUAAAUAGCUGCAGAUCCCUCUAAUCAUGCAUCCCAAUAUGUAAACAUCAGAUCAUCACGUUAGCCUGCAGUACUUCAGUCGCUUUUUGUUAAUAUAUUUUUAAAGUGUUUUAUAACAUACAUGUAUAUUGAAAUCCACCCAGAAUGGUGCAAAUUGGUGGAAUGAAUUGAGAUGUAGUUAACUGUUUAUGAAUUAUAAAUGAUUAUUUUGUUGUAUAAUUUAGUUGUAGCCUUUUUUUAGUGCAAAAUAGUGUGAUAUUUAAAUUAUUUAUUUCUAUUGUUCUUAAUUUAAACAGCGCUAUACAUUCGAAGAAAAUCUUCUUUUGAUUUUUUUUUCUAUUAUAUGAGAUUUUCUAUUACAUUUACUCAAAACAUAGUCACUAGUGCGUGUUUUAUGUUAUGUUUAUGUCGCUCAAUAAAUGAUAUAAAUGA